AUGGCAGAAUGGACGGCUCCAGAUCUUUUCUGCAGGUUUCUAGAAAAGCUCAAUACAGAAAGAUUGAGGAACGUCCGUCUUUCCUAUUUUCCAGGCCGAAUCAGGCCUGACGAGCGAGUACCCUAUCCUAGAAACGAUUCAAUGCUCAAGUGGUGCCCAGAAUCCUUGACGUCUCUUUCACUUGCGGAGAUAACCUUCCCUGGAUCUGACGUAUGGCGCCUGUCGGACUAUCCAUUACUGACACGGCUCGAAUUGAGAGACUGCUGGAACGUUGGCCAAGUUCUUGAUGAGGUGACGAGAUCGAAAGUCCAGCAUCUGAUCAUCCAGUUCUACGAUGUGUCUCCUCAGCAAGACUUUUAUUCCUGCGUGAUCAUCAAGAAUUUGCAGCAUCUGGAGGUCCUCAAUGUCUUUCAUGAGUCUCGGGUAAGCCAGGACCAUCGCCCGCCCAAUUACGACCAGGUCCAUAAGGAUACAAUGGAGCAGAUGGCAACUGAGGUUUUCAAAGGCAUUCCAAGCGCACACCCGUUCAAGAUCUUGGCACUCGGAAAGCAGUGGUACUUCAGCGGCACUCUGGAAGCUCACUGGCAUCGCGCACACCUCCGUCAAUGCUUUUCCAGGUCAGAAAGAACGGCGAUAACACCGGACGAGGCCUGCGCAGCUAGCGCCGAAUAUGUUGCAGCGGAUAAGAUCACAUAUCUGUAUCCAGAUUCGGAUAUACUAUCCUACGAAUUUGAUCCUGUUGAAGAUGCACCGCCGUAG